AUGCGUAAAAGGUUCCAUGAUUAUAAGGCAUUCUCCAAUGUGGAAAAAAUCAAAGGAACAAUGUCUAAAGUCGAGUGGAAAUUCACUAAUGUGGAAAAAAUUGAUGGAAAACUUGGAAAAACAUUUAAAGCUUA